AAUUUAAGAAUUACCAAAGGGCAUAAUACAAUUUUACAAUUAUAAGUAAAUUACUAAAGGUUCACUACAAAAAUAUCAAAAUCAUAAAGAAGUCAUAUUCUUCUUGAAAUCCAGCCUAUCAAAACCAAACCCAAAACAAAAAAUCCCAAAUUCCCCAUUCUCUCUCCUCCCCACUCCCCUCAAUGUCAAGCCUCUGGCAAUCAGCUCUAAACCGGGUCCUCGGAACCGACACCGCCACCACCGGUUCAGACUACGACGGAAUUGAAUUCUGGACCGAACCAGAGCGAGCCGGGUGGUUAACCAAGCAAGGCGAGUACAUCAAAACAUGGCGUCGUCGUUGGUUCGUCUUAAAGCAAGGAAAACUCUUCUGGUUCAAAGAAUCAAUUGUCAACCGGUCUUCUAAACCGCGCGGUGUUAUUCCGGUUUCCACCUGUUUAACCGUUAAAGGUGCUGAAGAUGUGUUGAACCGGCAAUUUGCUUUCGAGCUUUCGACUCGGUCUGAUACCAUGUAUUUUAUUGCUGAUUCUGAGAAGGAGAAGGAAGAUUGGAUUAAUUCGAUUGGGCGGUCUAUUGUUCAGCAUUCUCGCUCUGUUACGGACCGGGAGAUUGUUGAUUAUGAUAAUAGGUGAUUUUUGGUUUGAAUUUUUGAUUCGAUGGAUGUUUGUGUUGUUGAAUUGGGUUUUUUGUUUUGUUUUCUGGGUUGUAUAUGAAUUUUUGUGCUGUUUAAUGUGAAAGUGGUUUUGGUUUUUGAUGGAAAUUUUGAUGUUUGUUUUGUGAUUAUGUUGAAUUCUGAGGUGUUAAUUAUUACGGAUGGUUUUGUAGGUCUACUUGUUGGAUGAAUAUACGCAGAUUAAUUCUUGAGUUUACAGGUUUUAAUUGUUUGUUUGAAAUAUAA